CCAAAGCCCACUUGGUUUCAGCUCCCCGCACUCUUCCUUUCUUCACUUCAUCACCCCAAUCCGUCAAGAUGAAUCCAGAUGGCAGAGCUAUUCGUGUUCUGGCGGUGCUAGACCCAUCGGAACCACACACGUUUGUCGAGCCUACGAAGAAAAUCCACGAAUCGCAAGAUGUUUCGGCAUUCCUCACCUCGAAAGCUUACUCGGACAUUAUGACUUUCAUUUUGCAGCUCAACCGCGCAAUGUUUCCUACAAAACUAUCCGAUGGUACCAUACAAACCUGGCCACUGGGCUCCGAGGAUGUGCAAUACUCUGCGCCCGUUCGCCAGUUACAAGGACUGCUCUCGAAGGUUGAAGAUAUCGUACAAGAGGUCCCGCCGAACACUGGACCUCGGAGAUUUGGAAACAUCAGUUUUCGAAGGUGGCAUGAAGUACUGGCUAGCCGUGCAUCUGACUUGCUCAGAGAAUGCUUACCGGCGGAGCUCUUGGAUAGACCUUCGCCCACGAGCGAGGGAGUUACUGCAGAGGCGGAGCUCAAGGCAUACUUCCUCGGAAGCUGGGGCAGCGGACAGAGGCUGGACUAUGGCACUGGUCACGAAUUGAGCUUUCUCGCCUUUCUCGGUGCGAUCUGGAAACUCAACGGAUUUCCUCAGUCUGAGUUUGGAGUGGAGGAGAGGGCUCUUGUCCUGGGAGUGAUCGAACCGUAUCUGGAGCUCGUCAGGAUACUUAUAAAGACAUACACGCUUGAGCCAGCGGGUUCUCACGGUGUCUGGGGUCUGGAUGACCACUCGUUCAUCCCAUACGUAUUUGGUUCUGCUCAAUUAUCUCCCGCUAUCGAAGCCACCGAUCUCACGCCCGAAGAAGGCUCCCUACCAGAUGCACCCGCCACGGGUGGAAUUAUGAAGCCCGCCAUUGUGGAACGUGAAAGGAGAACGAACCUCUACUUCUCCGCAAUUGGUUUCAUCUAUGAUGUGAAACGGGGUCCUUUCUGGGAGCACAGCCCGAUGCUUUAUGACAUCUCUGGAAUUCAGGCUGGUUGGGGCAAGAUCAACAAAGGAAUGAUUAAAAUGUACAACGCAGAGGUUCUGACCAAAUUCCCUGUCGUGCAGCAUUUUCCCUUCGGAUCCCUCUUCAGCUUUGAUCGUGAUCCGAAUGCUGUGAUGCCUCCACAAACUGUCCAUACUACAUCUGGCCCACAGGGACGCCCUGUUGUACCAGAUGCUGGCCCACCAUCAACUUCCGCCGCUCGACCUAGCGCGGAUGCCGGUACCAAAGCUCCAUGGGCUACGGCGGGAUCCAGCACUCGUGCGCCUCCCUCUAUGGGCCCCACGGCAGCACCGUGGGCCGCCGGAAGAUCAACUGAGUCGUCAGGAGCACCUGCAACCCUGCACAAUACCUCGCGUCUACCACCGGGUCCAAUGGCUCCUACUAAAGCUCCCUGGGCGAGCGCACGGCCUCCUCCACCACCACCGCCUGGAGGUGAUGGGCCUUCUAAAGCCCCUUGGGCGAAAUAAAUCGAGAUAACAAAAGUAAGAAAAUGAUACCCAAUUUAGAUCAGGACGGAAAAAAUGCCAUAUGCAAUCAACAUCCAGGGCUGCUUGUUUCCUUGAAUCUAGAAAAAGUCCGAACGCCUUCCGGGGGUAUCAAAGUAAUGUACAAUGUGCAUAAGUCAUAAGAAUCACUCCGUAUCAGAAUCAUAACCCACCAAUGCCGAGGUGGUCGAUGCAGCCGACGAAUGCUGGAAAGUAUUUUCAAAGACAUCGUCGGGCGUCAUCAGACUACCAUUUGAGUCUGUCGAGUCCUUAGCUUCCUCCUUCAUUAGAUUCUCUGAAGAUCUUCCAGCAAUCAUUGUCGUGGAAGAAGGCUUCUUCCUCUUAAUGCCUGGCUUCCAAAUGUCCUGUGAAUCUCCCAUAUUCUUGAGAAAAGGAUCGACCACAGCACGCGUGUUCCCCUUUAACUCGUUGCGCAGAGAAGCCUUGCGCUGUUCAACAAGAUCUGCUGCCCGCGUCUUUCGGAUGCCCUUUCUGUCUUUUUCCCGUUUCCCACUCCUCGAAGAGCUCCUCGAAUGCACGGUCUCAAACAUAGGUCGAACCCGAGUUGCGCGCGCAGCCUCCAUUCCAGUCGAGGACUCACCGUCCCCAAAAUCCACCAUCCCAGCUCGCAAGCGAUCCCCCUCAGUCUCAUCAACCAGAUCAAUACCCAAACUCAUUUUCUCCUUGAGGGCCUCGCGAUUCGCCUCCAAUUUCUCCAACCCCUUCCGCUCCGUCCGAAAUGUGCGCCGCAACCGUUUCGAUUUCUCGUAAGGAUCCUCCCAAUCCCGACUCUGCCGCUCCUGCAACUCCAAAAUACGACUAGACUCCGUCUGAGCCCGCUGCUUAUUCUCCAACUUCCCCUCCAGCUUCGCAAACGGGUCUUUCUCCGCGGGAUCCUGCGCGUGUCCGCGAAUAAGAAUCUCCCCGGGCUGUAGCUCCUUGUCUUCCCCGGUAUCUCGUUUCCUCCCACCCUCGACCACCACGUAAGCCGUGUUCUUGGGGUCGGUGUGGAUCUCAAUCCAUCCUCCACAUGCAGUAUGUUUCAUGCGAAAACUGUAGAUGGGCGUGGAGUGGUAAUUGCCGAUUUUCUUCUUCUCGGCAUUGAAGCGAACGCCCUGACCGAUGAUGGUCUCGUGCGGUUUGCAGGUUGUGCACCAUACGGCAAAGGGCAUCUCGAAUCGGACGAUGAGGGCGCCUUUUGUGUGGAGGUGGCGUGCGCGUGCGCCGAGAGGGUGUUUGCCGGCGAGCUUGUUUGCUGAGGUGACGCCUUCUUGGUCCGGGGGGACAUAUCUGGAAUUACUGAACCCUUGCAUCUUUGAAAGUGGCGGCCCUCGAGGCCCAGCUUUUCCUGUAUCGAGGGGAGAAAGUUGCGGCCGUUAGGAAGCGUAUGAAGAGCUCUGUGGAAGCUGCUACCAGCCAGCCAGCUCCAAUCGUGUCAACAGCGGUCGCGAUGUCAAGUCAG